GCCCGGGCCGCUCCCCGCGCAGGCGCAGUGAGCCGACUCACCAUGCCGACUGUCAGCGUGAAGCGCGAUCUGCUCUUCCAAGCCCUGGGCCGGACCUACACUGAUGAAGAAUUUGAUGAACUCUGUUUUGAAUUUGGGCUGGAGCUCGAUGAAAUUACUUCUGAGAAGGAAAUAAUAAGUAAAGAACAAGGAAACAUAAAGGCAAAGGGAGCCUCUGAUGUUGUUCUUUACAAAAUUGAUGUCCCUGCCAAUAGAUAUGAUCUCUUGUGUCUGGAAGGAUUGGUUCGGGGUCUUCAGGUCUUCAAAGAAAGGAUAAAAGUUCCAGUAUAUAAACGGGUAAUGCCUAAAGGAGAAAUCCAAAAAUUGACUUGCACAGAAGAGACAGCUAAAGUACGCCCUUUUGCGGUAGCAGCAGUUCUCCGGAACAUAAAGUUUACUAAAGAUCGAUAUGAUAGUUUCAUUGAACUUCAAGAGAAGUUACAUCAGAAUAUUUGCAGGAAAAGAGCAUUGGUUGCUAUUGGUACCCAUGAUUUGGACACUUUAUCAGGCCCAUUUAUUUACACUGCGAAGCGUCCUUCACAUAUCAAAUUCAAGCCUCUCAAUAAGACUAAAGAGUAUACAGCUUGUGAACUGAUGAACAUAUACAAGACUGACAACCACCUUAAACAUUAUUUGCACAUCAUUGAAAAUAAACCUCUGUACCCAGUUAUCUAUGAUAGCAAUGGUGUGGUCCUUUCAAUGCCUCCAAUCAUCAAUGGGGAGCAUUCUAAAAUAACAGUAAAUACUAAAAAUGUAUUUAUCGAAUGCACAGGAACUGACUUUACUAAGGCAAAAAUAGUUCUUGAUACUAUUGUCACCAUGUUCAGUGAAUAUUGUGAGAAUCAGUUUACGGUUGAAGCAACUGAGGUUGUUUUUCCUAAUCGAAAAUCACACACCUUUCCAGAACUGGCUUAUCGAAAGGAGAUGGUAAGAGCUGAUCUGAUUAACAAGAAAGUAGGAAUCAGAGAAACUCCAGAAAAUCUUGCCAAGCUCUUGACCAGGAUGUGUUUAAAGUCAGAAGUCGUAGGUGAUGGGAAUCAGAUUGAGGUUGAAAUCCCUCCGACCAGAGCUGACAUUAUCCAUGCAUGUGAUAUUGUAGAAGAUGCAGCUAUUGCUUAUGGAUAUAACAACAUUCAGAUGACUCUUCCGAAAACAUACACCAUAGCUAAUCAAUUUCCUCUUAAUAAGCUCACUGAACUUCUCAGACAUGACAUGGCAGCUGCUGGAUUCACUGAAGCACUUACCUUUGCUCUGUGCUCCCAAGAAGAUAUUGCUGAUAAACUUGGUUUGGAUAUUUCUGCAACAAAGGCAGUCCACAUAAGUAAUCCUAAAACAGCAGAAUUUCAGGUGGCACGCACUACCCUUCUUCCUGGCCUCUUGAAGACCAUAGCAGCAAAUCGAAAGAUGCCCCUUCCUCUGAAACUCUUUGAAAUCUCUGACAUAGUAGUAAAAGAUACUACCAAAGAUGUAGGUGCAAAAAACUACAGGCAUCUCUGUGCUGUUUAUUACAACAAGAACCCUGGGUUUGAGAUCAUCCAUGGGCUUCUGGACAGAGUUAUGCAGCUGCUUGCUGUACCUUCUGGGGAAGACAAAGGCGGAUAUGUGAUCAAAGCAUCAGCAGGCUCCGCCUUCUUCCCUGGGCGAUGUGCUGAGAUCUUUGCCAGGGGUCAAAGCAUCGGGAAGCUUGGGGUCCUUCAUCCUGAUGUUAUCACCAAAUUUGAGCUGACCAUGCCCUGCUCCUCCCUGGAAAUCAAUAUUGAGCCCUUUUUGUGAAGAUGGUCUCUGUUGUGUGAUUCUCUCUCUCCUCAAGUGUCCCUUUCUCCUCCCCUGGUGUCCCUCAGCCCUUUUCCACCGGGAACAUCCAUUUGUGCUUUAAUGUUUAAUAAACUAAAGGCGCUGUCUGGCUCCCUGAGCAAAUCCCCUUUCCCUGCAUUAGGUCAGCGAAUGCAGCCUACGAAUGUGUUGACUGUGCACAGCUGGGUUGCUGUUUCAAAGUCCCGGGAAGAGCCGGAAGAAUGCACUACAGAGCACAUGUCAUCAGGCCCCCUGGCUCAGAACUUCACAUGGUAGCCCAUGCCUCCUGCUUAACAGGGUCCCCUUCUUUUCCUCAUUUAUGAAACAAGAUAAUGACUAGAGCACACAUUACAAGAGUCUGAGGUAACUAAGAUUUUUAGCUUCAUUGUCCACAUUCAACAUAUAUUCAUUUUUGGGAAACCAAAAUAUAGUAUUUUUAUAAAACCUUUAAGAAUCAAUUAUGGAGGCAUGCUUUUGGACACUCAUAUCUGAUAUUGGAGUACCUGGAUUUGAGUCCUAGCUCCACUCCCAAUUCCAGCUUCCUGCUAAUGUGCACCCUGAGAGGCUUAAGUACUUGUAUCCCUGCCACCCACGUUGGAGACCUGGAUUGUGUUUCUGUCUUCAACCUGGUACAGCCCCAGUGGGAAAGGGCCAGGACAUUUAUGAACUGAACCACUAGAUGGGAACUCUCUGUCUAUAUGUCUCUCUGCCUUUCAAAUAAAAAACAUUUAUAGUUUAGCAGUUAACAGUUUGAAGUAAUUUUAUUUCAUUUAUUUUUUUAAAGAUUUAUUUACUUAUUUGAAAGGCAGAGUUACAGAGAGGCAGAAGCAGAGAGAGAGAGAGGUCUUCCAUCUGCUGGUUCACUCCCCAGAUGGCCACAGGGAACUGCUCUGAUCCAAAGCCAGAGGGGCCAGGAGCUUCUUGCAGGUCUUUAUGAGUGCAGGGGCCCAAGGAGUUGAGCCAGCUAAUACUGCUUUCCCAGGCGAUAACAGACAGCUGGAUUUAAGAAUGAAUGAGGGCUGGCAUUGUGGCGCAGUGGGUAAAGCCACUGUCUGCAGUGCCAGCAUCCCAUAUGGGUGCCAGUUCGAGUUCCAGUAACUCCAGUUCAGAUAUAGCUACCUGCUAAUGUGCCUGGGAAAGCUGUGGCACAUGGUCCAGAUCUUUGGGACCCUGUCACUGAUGUGGCAGGCCUGGACGAAACUCCUGGCUCUUGGCUUUGGCCUGGCCCUUUCCCAGCCCUAGCCCCAGGCAUUGUGGCCUUUUAGGGAGUAAAGCAGCAUAUAGAAGAUCUGUCUUUUUCUCUGUAACUGCCUUUCAAAUAAAUAAGUCUUUAAGAGUAGAUUUUGGGGUGAUAAAAAUAUUUUAUACCUUAAUUCAGGGGGUAGGUAUAGCUAGGUAUGCAUUAUAUACCUCAGUGAAGCUGAGAGGAAAAAUGUAAUGCAGUGUGGCAUUUUAAUUUUAACCACUCAACACAGCUAAUGUAUACAUAAGGUAAAAUGGCUUGUAUUUUAGAAUAGGGAUUUCUGGUCAACAUGGCUUACUGGUUCUGUCAAGUUGUCAGUGAUUAAAAUCAUGACUCAAGAAUCAUGACAGGGGCUGGCAUAGCGUAGCGGGUAAAGCUGCCACCUGUGGUGCCAGCAUCCCAUAUGGGUGCCGGUUCGAGUCCUGGCUGCUCCAUUUCUGAUCCAGCUCUCUGCUAUGGCCUGGGAUAGCAGUAGAUGAUGGCUCAAGUCCUUGGGCCCCUGCACCCGUGUAGGAGACCCAGAAUAAGCUCUUGGCUCCUGGCUUCGGCUCGGUGCAGCUCCGGCCAUUGCGGCCAACUGGGGAGUGAACCAGUGGAUGGAAGACCUCUCUCUCUGCUUCUUCUCUUUCUAUGUAACUCUGACUUUCAAGUAAAUAAAUACAUCUUUAAAAAAAAUAAAAAUAAAGAAUCGUAUGACAGCCAUUGAUGAAGUGAAUGGAACCAUUUGUUCUGUUAACAACUAGCCACUUAUAUAUAUUUUUUGUAUAGUCAGAAAUUACUUGUAAUGAAAAACUCACCAGUAGCUAAUUGUAUAUCCCAGCAUGGAAGAGGGAAGGUCAAGUCCAUGCAUCAUAGAGAUGUUCCUACCGUCUGAGUCAGGAAACUGCAGGAAGGAAAAGUUAAUGGCUGUACUGGGCGUGAACCUUCAGCUAAUGGGCGCAGGGGCUCCACAGCCAGAUCAUCUUACACUUGUUCCCUCUGAAGCAAAUGAACUCUAGCCAGGGCAGCCUGUGGAUACUGCCAAGAGCCUUUACUGGAUAAGACACACACCUGCUUAAUAAAAACUGAGAGCUUUAGUAUUAAAAGGAAAAUUACAUUGAUUUUUAUUCUGGCUUACAGGUCAGUUCUAUUAUUAGAGUUUGGCAUUCCUGCCUUGCUGUUUUGUUCAAAGUAUUUUCCAUGUGAUCUUGUUUCAUAGUUUUAAUUUUUUUUUUUUUUUUGGUUUAGCAAUUGUAGGAGAUAGAAAGGAAAACAGUUGAACUUCAGAGUGAUUAAUGACUUGCUUAGAAAUUAUAUAACCAAUAAAUGGGGUUGGAGAUCACAGCUGACUUGAUGAUUUGCAUCAUUUACCUAUUUAUCCAAAAUGUUGAGCCUUCUUGUAAGUUUUUUUUUUUAAUGUUUAUGUUUAUCUGAAAAGCAGAGAGAAGGAUCUCCUGUUUGCUGGUUCACUCCCCAGAUGCUCACAACAGCCAGUGCUAGGACAGGCUGAAACCAGGAAUUCCAUCCGGAUUUUCCACAUGUGUGGCAAGGACCCACAUAUUCAAGCCAUCAACUGCUGCCUCCCAGCAGAUGCAUUAGCAGGAGGCUGGAUCAGAAAUGGAAUAGCUGGGAUUCGAACCAGGCACUCCAAUAAGGGAUGCAGGAUUUCAAGCAGUGGUUUUAACCACUGUGCCACAACUCCCACCCCCUACAAGUUUUGUUUUGUUGUAAUAAAAAAUACUGAAAAAAAUUAGGAAUCAUAGUUAUUUAAAAAAUUAUAUAAGUAGGGAGCCAGCAUUGUUCUUCAUUCUUCAUCUGUUAAUUUUGGCUAGAGACAUGUCGUAAUUAUCCAUUAGCAAAUAUUUUGAAAGUGCCACCAAUCUUAGGAUGCCCUGACAAGGCUAUCUGAGAGAGCUGCCACAGAAUUGGAAUUAGAGGACUUGUCAGACAUGAAGUAAAUCUGAUCUUUAGGACAGAAAAGUGAAGAUGAGAAGAUGUGCCUGUUUGAUACCAAAUGGGAUAGGAAAAGACAUUUUUCUGCUCUCUAAAAACCACAACUUUUUCAUAUAGGGAAUGAAAAUACUCCCCUCCAAAAAACAAGCACCUGUUUUGGACCAACAAGAAACCAAUUGUGAUAGAUGCUGGCCCUUGUACACAUCCUCAUUUUGUCUGGACAGAAACAGGGUAACAACCCAGUCAGAGGUGGGGUGGAUGAAUUAGAUUUCUUACCUGUGAGUCUUGAGCAGAACAUUUACAUCAGGAGCAC